AUGGAUGACCGACUACCUACACUGUGGUCCAAUCUGGAUCCAUCCUCACACUACUUUUCUCUUGAGUUCUUCCCUCCCAAGACCUCCUCCGGCUUCUCCAAUCUGCAAGCCCGGCUUGCUCGUAUGGCUAAAGGGCUACGUCCUCUCUUUGUCACCGUGACAUGGGGAGCUGGCGGGUCUACUGCAACCAAAUCUCUGGAGCUGGCCGAAGUAUGUCAAAGACAACUGGGUCUGACUACCGUCCUACACUUGACAUGUACCAAUAUGAAGAGGAGUAUGAUCGACGAAGCACUGGAGAGCGCAAAAGAGGUUGGCAUCAGAAAUAUUCUGGCCUUAAGAGGCGACCCGCCCAGAGAGGAAUACAAGGAUACGGAUGAAAACGGCAGCGGAGGACAAGGUACAGACAGCAACCAGGACUUCGUCUGGGCAGUCGACUUGGUGCGCUACAUCCGUCGGCGGUAUGGUGACUAUUUCUCUGUUGGUGUUGCUGGAUACCCCGAAGGACACGCGGACGAGAGCGUUCCGGAGGCAGGAAAACAGAGCGUUGAACAUGACCUACCAUAUCUGGUUGAGAAGACGGCUGCAGGAGCAGACUUUAUUAUGACUCAAUUGACCUACGAUAUCCAGGCUUAUCAGGCGUACGAAAAGAUGCUCAGAAGCUACGUCGACAAAGAUGGAAAGAGAGUGUUUGAAAAGAUACCGAUAAUCCCUGGUCUUAUGCCCGCACAAAGCUACUCGAUCAUCAAGAGGAUAACAAAACUCAGUCAUGCCAAGAUACCUGAAGAUAUCCUCAAGAGGAUAGAAGCAGUCAAAUCAGAUGACGAAGCGGUGAAGAAAGUCGGAGUCGACAUCCUCAGUGAACUCGUUGAGCAGAUGAAAGAGUUGCCACAACCUGAAAGCGUUCCACGAGGUUUCCACUUCUACACGCUGAACCUGGAGAAAUCCGUGGCUUUCAUUCUGGAGAAGACCGGCCUCAUUCCACCAGUAACGGAACAGACGAGCCCCACCUAUUCAUCUGACAGCGAUGCCGUUGUUGACGACGAAAAGCGACCCGGCUACUCUGCACAUCCACCAACAGAUGGUGACCACGGUAGACUGCCUCGACUCUCCAAACGUAGGACGAGCUCGAUCAACGCCCAGCCUCAUAAUCGAGUCAUCCUUGAUGGUGCUUCUGGAUCACCUCAAGGGUCGAGGAAGGCUGCCCCGCCCUCUGAUUCGUCUACGCCUAUGCUGACUCGGCAUGAAGCCGUGGAACGAGGGACGGGGAUUCCUGCCUCGGAGCCUACGAGAAAACACAACCUCAUGAUAUCCGAAGGACAGGGCUCGUUGGGCCGAGAAGCUACAUGGGAUGACUUUCCUAACGGCCGUUGGGGCCCUUCGGACUCUCCGGCUUUUGGUGAGAUUGAUGGAUAUGGCCCGAGUAUGAAAGUUGGGCCCAUCACCGCACGAAAGCUGUGGGGCCACCCGAAGUCAGAAAAGGACGUGACGGAGUUGUUCCGACGGCAUGUUGUGGGAGACUUGGAAGCAGUUCCUUGGAGCGACGAAGUCGAUGUGGAUGGCGACAGUAGUGGAGGUUCAGGUGCUCUGCGAGCAGAAACUCAGGUUAUCCGAAAAGAGCUCCUAGCUCUUAUUCAAGACAAGGGCUACUGGACCUUGGCUUCGCAGCCGGCACUUGACGGGGUGAAGAGCGAGGAUGAAACUUUUGGCUGGGGCCCCCCAGGCGAGGGAUGGGUGUUUCAAAAAGCAUUUGUAGAAUUCUUUUGUCCACGGAAACAUUGGGAAGAACAUCUGAAGCCAUUGUUGAUGAGGCAAGGUUCGACGUCCUUAGGAUGGAUGAAAACAGAUGCGAGCGGCGUUUUUGAGUCGAGCGACGAAAUUGAACAGGAGAACGCGACCGAGACGCCAACUUCGAAACGGACGCCAGGUACUAGCGGUAUAAAUGCGGUGACGUGGGGUGCUUUCAGAAACAGGGAGAUUGUCACACCUACCAUUAUCGAGAGUGAGAGCUUCAGGGCAUGGGGUGAGGAAGCAUACAGCGUUUGGAGUGUCUGGAGGAGAUGUUUUCCUCGAGGAAGUGACGAAGAAAAGUUCUUGGACCGGAUGAGGCAGGAUCUAGUUCUUGUCAACAUCGUGGGCAAUAAUUAUACUGGAGGCCAUGAUGGUCAUGGUGGAGAGCUGUGGAAGAUCUUGCUGGAGGAGAAGUAA